GUUUUUAUUCUAUUUCCCUGCUUUGUAUGCACUAGUGGGUUAAUAGCUACGUCACCAAUCGGACCAAGUCAAGAAGUACAUAGCGCACAGUACAACAGUAUUCCGCGACGUUGGGACCCUUAUCUGUACACGUGCGAGUGCACAGGUACUGGAUACCAUUUUAUUGCUCCAGAACUCCGAGUCUGACAAGUUCACAGAGUGCUAUCAAGGAUAUCUCCCUUGUCCCAUCCAGCAUGACGCCCCACGCUGAUGUCUCCGUGGUGGCCAACGGGCACGCUCCCGCCGUUCAGGAGCCCUUCGCGAUGUCCACCGGCUUCAAUGCAGAGUCCCUAGAAGACAGCUCUCUGCCGCACCUCGAAAAUCGUUCACACCUACGUUACACUCCCGAGAAUGAGCUUCACGAUGUCAUCUGCGUCGGCUUCGGACCCGCAUCUUUGGCGAUCGCAGUGGCGCUUCACGACGCCUUAGACGGGACGGACCCGUCACUCGAAAUCCCAGAACUGCAAGAGCGAGCACCGAAGGCGGCGUUUCUGGAAAGACAGCACAAGUUUGCGUGGCAUUCGGGCAUGCUUCUUCCAGGGGCGAAGAUGCAGAUUACCUUCAUGAAGGACAUGGCCACGUUGAGGAACCCACGCAGCGAAUUCACUUUCAUCAAUUAUCUUUUCCAAAAGGGAAGACUGGUAGAGUUCACCAAUUUGAAUACUUUCCUGCCUCAGAGAGUCGAGUAUGAGGACUAUAUGCGCUGGUGCGCUGGAUGGUUCGACGAAGUCGUCCAAUACAACCAAGAAGUCGUCAAAAUCACCCCCGAGAAGUCCGUCUCCGGCAGCGGGCAGAUAACCAGCUUCCUCGUCCAAUCUCGCAACGUCCAGACGGGAGAAAUCCAGUCUAGACGGACGCGACACGUCGUCAUAGCCGCGGGCGGACGCGCCCACAUACCCAAGCCAUUUCCCACCAACCAUCCCCGGGUGCUACAUUCGUCGCAGUUCUGCCACACGUAUUCGAAGAUUUUGAGGGAUGCGAGUUAUCCGUAUAAGGUGGCUGUUGUGGGCAAUGGUCAGAGUGCGGCGGAGAUUUUUGACUUCUUGCAUACGAAUUAUCCGAAUGCGAGGACGCGGUUAUUGAUUAAAGGGGGAGCGUUGAGGCCGAGCGACGAUUCACCUUUCGUAAAUGAGAUCUUUAACCCUUCCAGAGUAGACAGCACCUUCUGGCGAGCACCUGAGUUGCGAGCCGCCACUCUCAAGGAAGACAAGGGCACAAACUACGGCGUUGUGCGUAUAAACCUGCUGGAGCACAUAUACGAGACCCUCUAUACCCAACGCAUUCGCUAUGGAAACACUCCACAAGCAGAAGAGAACUGGCCUCACCGUAUCCUUCCCUAUCGCAAGGUCGUCGACGUAACAAACUCGCCUGUCAUCAAAGACGGCAUCCGACUUCACGUACGGGAUCAGAGCCCUCUUUACCUGUCCGAUGUGCCAAAUGCCACGGAGCAGGAGGAGGUCAUCGACGUCGACGCCGUGUUCGUGGCUACUGGCUACCAGCGCGAUUUCCACGAAACGCUACUCCGCGAUGCGCGGCACCUGAUGCCAGGUGGCGACCUGAGAGACGCAAAAUGGCAGGUCCGGAGAGACUACAAGGUGCUCUUUGAGGACAAGAAGGUUAGCGACGAUGCGGGUGUAUGGUUACAAGGUUGUUGCGAGAGUUCCCAUGGUGUAAGUUUUGCCCGUUCGAUGGUUUGGGUAUUUGUACAUCAGUUUGCUGACAUGCCACUGUAGUUGAGCGAUACCCUUCUUUCUGUACUGGCAACAAGAGGUGGGCAGGUGGUCAGGUCCAUCUUCGACAAGGGAGCGAAGUGGGAUGCUUCUGAGCGGCUGCGGUUCGAGGACCUGAGAAAUUAGAGCGUGGAGACUGUCUAGAGCAGACGCGUUGAUCUGAAGUGUGGCGGUGGUGGCUGUGCGACCCUUGGGAACACACAUGUUGGACAACAGAAU